ACAAAACGGAGUGUGUGAAAUGCGUCAGCUGUCAAAGCAUACAAAUACCUAUUGUUACUCUUCUUAUCAUUUUUUGUAAUUAAUUUACAUUAAACGUUGUGUCGCUGAUCAUGUUUACGGCGAUAAAAUAGUGUUUACGUUCCUGCAUUGGCUGUAAACGGUAAAUACCCUCGCGCUCAUGACAAGCUCUUUAUAAAGGAGCAAACAUGUUGCUAGUUCACACGUGUUUAUUUGUGUUAUUUGCACUUUUUAUUGAUAACUGUGCGUCUCGGUCUGUGGAGGAAAUCGACGAACAUUUCCUCUUGCAUCCUAAGUACACGAGAUACGAUGAUUUGUUGAAGUUGACUAGUGAAUUAGAAUCGACUUACCCGGAUCUGAUCAAAUCAUAUUCUAUUGGGAAGUCGGUGCAAGGACGGCAACUGUUGGUUCUGCAAAUAAGCGAGGAUGUGAAAACGCCGCAUUAUGAGCGGCCGUCGUUUAAAUACGUGGCUAAUAUGCAUGGAGACGAGUCCGUGGGGAGACAGUUGAUGGUGUACCUGGCGCAGUACCUUCUUGCUAACUAUGGGAAGGAUGAGAGAGUUACUAAGCUCCUGAACACGACUGACAUACACUUGAUGCCGUCCCUGAACCCUGAUGGCUUCGAAAGCAGUGAGGAGAGUAACUGCGAAUCCCUAAAAGAGUAUAAAGGCCGGAAUAACGCUAAAGGUGUGGAUCUAAACAGAGACUUUCCCGACCAGUUUGACAAGCACAAAUCUAAUGAUGAGGAGUACAUGUUCGGUGGUCGGCAACCGGAGACCGUGGCGUUAAUGCGAUGGGUUACCGGCAAGCAGUUUGUGUUGUCAGGGAACCUGCAUGGUGGCGCUGUUGUGGCUAGUUACCCUUAUGAUGACUCCAGUACGGGCAAAGAAUGCUGCGAAGAAAGUCGGUCCCCCGACGACUCUUUAUUCAAGCACCUGGCUAAUGUAUACGCGUCCCGUAACGCAGAGAUGAGGGCGGGGGACACAUGUCCUCCCGAGCACUUCGAUGGUGGACUCACUAAUGGAGCGCACUGGUAUUCUGUACAAGGUGGCAUGCAAGACUUCAACUAUGUGCAUUCAAACUGCUUUGAAGUGACCUUCGAGCUGUCCUGCUGCAAAUACCCACCAGCUUCCGAAAUGCCCAAGUACUGGGAGCUGAACAAGGACUCUUUACUAUCCUUCAUAGAACAAGCCAAUAUAGGAGUCACCGGAAUUGUCGUGGAUGAAGCCGGAGAACCGGUCAAGAACGCCCAAAUCAGAAUAGAGGGCAACGAGCAUACAGUCCGCACUACAGAGCAAGGCUACUACUGGCGCAUGUUGCUACCUGGACAAUACAACAUCACUGCUGUUGCCUCUGGCUACUCAAUACCUCCAUACACAACAAUAACCAUCCCAGACGACCAGUCAUCUCCGAUCUCCCUGAACAUGACAGUCCACCGGCGCCCUCGCUCUCUGAUGGCGGUUCAUACAAGGUGGCCGCGUCACGAACUGGACGGUAUUUCCCCCGUAGACUUCACUCACCACGAUUAUGUGAAGAUGGAGACCUUCCUCAAGAAACUGAAUGAUCAGUAUCCUCGCAUCACCAAGCUGAGCAGCAUCGGCAAGUCUGUGGAGGGCAGGGAGUUGUAUGUGCUUGAAGUUACUCAAGACCCUGGAAUGCAUAAGCCGGGCAAGCCCGAAUUCAAAUACGUAGCGAAUAUGCACGGCAACGAGGUGAUAGGCAAGGAGCUCCUCCUGCUCCUUGCCAAAUACCUGUGCCAGGAGUACGUGAGCGGCAACCAGAGGAUACAGAAGAUGCUUAAUACUACCAGGAUCCACCUUCUACCUAGUAUGAACCCUGAUGGAUAUGAGAAGGCGAGAAUUGGAGAUUACAGCAGUCUCCGUGGCAGAAGUAACGCCCACAACGUGGACUUAAACAGGAACUUCCCUGACCAAUUUGGUGACACUACAGACAAUAAGAUCCCUGAGCCAGAAACCUUGGCCGUGAUGAACUGGUCCCUCUCUGAACCCUUCGUCCUGUCUGCCAAUCUUCACGGAGGAGCUUUAGUCGCCAACUACCCAUAUGAUGGCAACCCUGACAUGCAAAGCGGGUUGGAAUAUCUGACCCCGGACAACCCUGUGUUCUUGCAUUUGGCUCAUACUUAUUCCGACGCUCAUCAUAAAAUGCACUUGGGACAACCCUGCAAGAAUCUACCCAGCGAAAAAUUCCCUCAAGGCAUUACGAAUGGUGCUAAAUGGUACGUACUAGCAGGCGGUAUGCAAGACUGGAACUACUUACAUACGAAUGACAUGGAGAUUACAUUGGAACUCGGUUGCUUCAAGUUCCCUCCGGCAGAGGACCUGCCUACUUACUGGGAGGAUAACAAGGAGGCUCUGCUUAAGUUUAUUGAACAGGUACACACCGGUGUAAAUGGCUUCGUCCACAGCCACAUUGGUCAUCCACUCGCGAAUACAACUAUCAAAGUAGAAGGUGUAACUCACGCAGUCAAAACUGCCAAGGAUGGUGACUACUGGAGACUGUUGGAGCCUGGCACUUAUAAUAUUACUGCUAUUAAACACGGCUAUGAAAGUAUAACAGAACAAGUAACAGUUCCCGAAGAAGGCUCAGUCAGCGUCAACUUCACUCUCAUGGCCGACGACCCUCAACAUUGGUCAUCUGCCUACGACUUCCGUGUGUUGGACAACGUAAUAAACACUCGGUACCACACGCGGCUGGAGAUGUAUGCUGCACUGUCUGAGCUGGAGAACCGGUUCCCAAGCAUCGCGGAGUUUAGGGCCGGAGACAGCAUGCUUACUUCUACCUUCCACCAGCUCAAGAUGACUGAUGAUGUCGGCUCACCAGAAGAAACCAAAUUCCACAUCGCCAUAAUGAGCAGUUUUUACGGCUCUCAGCCUUUAGGCCAAGAAAUGUUACUGAACUUCGCUCGUCACAUCGGCACGGCUUACACGAUCGGAGAGCCAGUGCACAAGCGCCUUCUCCAAAACACAGUGCUACACUUCAUACCAAACAUAGAUGCAUUAUCAGACAAAAUCGUAAAACAAUAUGAUCAAACUGAUAAAUGCGACAUUGAAGCCUUAGAAGAAGAAUUUGGAGACAGUUUAUACGCCUACCUAACAAAGAAAGACUUAAAUCCUCUUUCAAACUACAGCAGAGAAAUCUCCUUCUUGAAUAUGCUGGAAGCUGAGAAAUAUGAUGUUAUUCUAGAACUUGCUUCUGGGUCAGAAGACGUGAAAUAUCCGGAGUUAUCCAAGAAUAUAUUCGAGAAGUUUGCUAAGACGUACCAGGAUAGCAGGGUUACUGAGGACAGGUAUGAGUGUAAGGGUGCUGGAGUGAAACAUGAGGAUCUAAUAGAUGUGUUAUAUGAACGGUAUAAUACGCCCGUCAUAUCUGCGGGACUCAGUUGCUGUAAGAUGCCGAUGGACAAAGACAUUGCUUGGGUUUGGAGAAGCAAUCUCAGAGGGAUCAUGAAAUUUGCUGAGCUGGCAAACACUGGUGUCGUAGGCUACAUAAAGAACGAGGAAGGUAUCCCAAUGCGCGAUGCUAUAGUAGCGGUGACGGGCGUAGAGCGACAGUAUCGAGUGACUCGCAAUCUAGCACACUAUCGCAUCAUGUUGCCGCCUGGCGUCUACCGGGUUAUUGUACGGUGCCAUAAUUAUCAGGAUCAGAUGUUAGUAUGGUCGGUAGUGGAAGGCGUGCUCAAGAGUAAGGACAUAAUAAUGCGUCGCGUGGACUCCGACACUAUUCCUGGAGGACAGUUCGCUGAGGUCAAGGUAGAUGACAACCCGAACGUCGUGUAUGUUACUGGUUUGACUCUAGACCGCAACAGCGUGCCGUUACCAUCGGUCUCAGUGGACAUUCGACCUUUAGGCGCGAAGUCUCCGAUAGCUAAGAACGAGAGUGACGCCUCAGGACGAUAUGUCCUCGCUCUACCACUGGACUAUAAGGCUAAGGAGGUCGUUGCCAGCGCGUCUGUGAAUGGAUAUAUCACGAAACAGAAGCAUAUUGUGAUAAACGGCAAAGAGAACUUGACUCCGAAUAUACUGUUCAAGCUGGAGAGCGAUGACUACGUGUUGGGCAUGCCACGACUUGUCUUCGUCAUGUUGGCAGGUGUGAUCGGUGUAGCAGUAGUAACAAUAUCAGCGUGGUGCUUCAGUUGCCGAGAGCGCGCGAAGGACUCGCGCCGACAAUACAUGUUCACACAGAUACCCAGCGACGAUAAACGACCGCUCUGUGAUGAUGCCAGUGGAUAUGACAUCGUUCGUAAACCUUACUUCGAUGAAGAAGACUUACCUGCUUCAGAAACGGAUUCCGAGGAAGAAAUAGUGCUACUCAGGUCAGAUAGAGAUUGGAAGCAAGCGGACCAAGAAUGAAUCGAUUAAAUAAUCAUAUUUUAUAAGGCUAUUGUUACUCGAUAGCUUCUAUCAACCAUAUUUCUUAAGGCAUUGGCUGCCAAUAAAAAACUAUUGAAGGCAAAUCCUCCGCUAAUGUCGGUCACCAGUGACUGCCAUGGCGUUUAACGUGUUAAUGGCUGAAAUUUACAACCGAUAACAAUCCAAAGUCUUUGGACUGAUCCAGAUUUCCAAUAGAAUUAGUGUUAAUCAUUUAAAUGAAAGCGUCUUCAACUUCCAUUAUUUGAAGUUGGCUAAUAAUAAACUGGGUUAAUACUAAUUUGCUCCUGAAACAACAUUUUUUCAAAACCGCAUCAAAUAGGUUCAGGUAACCGCGCGAUAAUUGCGGACAAACUGAGAAACUGACCUUCCUUUUCUUUUGAAGUGUGUUAAAUAGUCCCCAAAGAGUUUGGAUUAAUAUCAGUUUUUUAUUAGACGCCGUUAGACGGAGAUUGAACACUAAAUAUAUUACAAACUGAGGCCUAAAGAUUCGCACAAAUGAAACAAAAAUAUCUUAUAUAAAUUAACAACUUCUAAUACCUAACCGUUAAAAAUCGACGCGGACAAAAUUUGAAGACAAUAUUCUUGAAAAUAACAUUAAUUAAAAAAGCCUCAGUUUUGUAUUAUAUUAUAAAACUAUAAUAAUAUUAAUUACUUUGACUGCACUCAGUGGACAAUAAACCAUAUCAGUUAGGUAAAAAAGUUUAAAUUCUUAACCAAGAUUUUAACGGAACUGACUAGAUAACCUGGGUUUUGGGUAAAGUAGAAAGAGUAGUGGUGCGUGCAACAGAAACUUUAAAUAAAUAUACAAUUUACCUAUAAUAUAAAUAUUUUUUAAUGAAGUAAACGCAAGACAUGGAACUACUUCAAAAUUAUAUUCUGCAGAGGAAAAAAAAUAUAAAAUCAAAUACAGGGUGACUUGUAACUCGACGUAUUCCUCUCGGGAGGUGAUAAUACAAUUAA